AUGGACCAGCUGCACGGAACGGAUGUUAAGACAAAUGGAAGGAUGUUAUUUGUCAGCAUGCAGAACAACAACAACAAAAACCACAAUAACAACGACGACGACGACGAUAGCAUUAUGAAAAACAUGCAUAAUAACAACAAUAAAGUUAAUAAAGUGUCACAUGUAGAAGAAAGCCCAAAUCCCGCCCAAAUUAAUAAAACCGCUGACACGCCCGACAGAAACAACAUCACACAUGAAAGUAUCAACAAUAAUAUCAACAACAUUAUCAAAGACAACAACAACAACAACCUGAACAACAUCAGCAGCAACAACAAAAAUGACAUGAUUCAAAUAAGUCAUUACGAUGGCUUCAUAAAGCAUUUGAAGAAAGAAAACGCCACCAUCUUUCUUGAUCUUCCCGCCCCACUCCUCACACGUCUGCUCAUUCAACUUCAGCCGUGCAAGGAACUGUGCUGUCCAUCCAUUGUGCAUUCGUUGUACAUUUCAUAUACAAAAACACAUCACUUCACCUUGUACACUUGUACUGAAUGUCCUUCUCUAUAUAAAAUAUAA